AUGUAUAAGAGAUGGGAGACAGAAUUGAAAGAUACUUCACUCAGAUCAUCUUUCAGCACUUUCAUCGCCUCCAAGCUGUUACGGCAUCGAACGGCAAGCCACUUCCCCGCCGAAGACGAAGACGAACUACCAGAAAUCGAGCGUUCUCCUGAGAGCCGUGCCUCAGGCCUGCAGAGUCCUGAAAUGUACCCACAGAAUAAGCGCGUCACGCCCGCUCGUAACUUUCAGAGCAGAAAUCCUUCCUCUUCUCGGCAGCCUUCGCCGACAUUGGCAAAUGGUGAUGACGUGUGCAACUUUCGCCGUUACUGGGCUGGAUCGGAGAAAGGCUCUCUCUAUUCGACCAUUACGAAACGUCUCGACCCGGAGGAGAACAAAUCUGGUUUCAUUUACAUACUCAUUCAUCCGACAUUUGAGCACUAUGUCAAGAUAGGCUAUUCGGCUGAACGUGAGAAACCCGAGCAUCGUCUGGAAGAAUGGAAAGCUUCGUGCAACGUGAACUACAGACUGCACAAGUCUCGCACGACCAGGUAUGCUAAGCGAGUUGAGUCGCUUGUGUUUGCAGACCUUUGCAAACACCGAUACGUGUUGCGCUGCAGCUCGUGCAGGAAGGUCCACAACGAAUGGUUCUACAUCGGCUCUGAAGAGGCUGAACGAGUGGUUAAUUACUGGGUUGACUGGAUUGCUACAUUGUCACCCUAUCGAAGCCUCAAACUCAAGCCCGAUUUCGUUCGAGCAAUGUUUGAUGUCGUAUCACAGCCUGAAGACCAUAACGUCGUCACAGAUCAUAUGAGCCGAUUUCUCCACGAUUCCAGCAACAACACAUGGGUCGAUCACUCCAUCCUCCUCGGCAAACGUUCUCGAAAAAGGACUCCGCCUGCCGAGACCCCACAAGCUGUCAAGGCCAUGAGGACCGAAGAUCCUUCUAUGAACACGCCGACACUGCCGCAGGACCGGGUUAGCGAUGCUCUUUCAGAACCUGAGAGCGCACACAGUGAGCCCACUCAAAUUACAACCCCAAAAGAAACCACCAACAGAAUGCCGAAGACACCUGAAGCCGCACUCUUGCCAACACCUCCUGACUCGAAACCCAGAAUUGUACGUCGAAGGCUCUUCUCUUCAACAUCAGGCGCGCAGGCCACAGUCUCGUCUCCUCCUCUCCCAUCCCGAGCAAACACGCCGCCCCCUCGCAGUCUUUCAACGUCGUUAAAACCAUCCCCAGCCAGUUUGAACGAGAAUGUUCAUGAUGCUGAGGAUACGCCCUCGAAACCUAGAGCAACACGACAACGUGGUUCUGAAACCGACGCUGCUCAACGACGAAAAAGUACAACGUCGUCCAAGAUGCCAGUCCAUGAUGCAUUGUCUCCGGAGGUGAGGCUUGGCAUGCCACCCGACAAUGGCAAGAUUCAGGAAACUUCAGGAAGUAAGGCUGCACAGGAUAAUUCUGACAACCAGAUCGAUGAGAUGAUGGUUUCAGACGGUGUUCUGUCACCCUUGCAGUUGCCGUCUCCCGGAGUUGAGUCCGAUAGCUGCCUCGCGUAG